AUGUCUUGCUCAGCCUCUACCACCGCCCACCUCCAUCAGCGGCGUGCGCCUGCCCUCCGUGAAGCGUCCUCGUCCAGCGUCGAAGAAGACUGCAAAAUCUCGGGUAGCUCCCUCGGCCGCGUCGAACCCUCCUCUGGUUCGAAUACUCGACCCGAGCUUUCGCUCAACACCAGCCAUGCCAAACAGCGCGCCUCGGAGGUCGACGCCAAAAACCAAAAGCGUGGCCACAUACAGAAACACGAAAAGAUCGAACGCAUCGGUCUUCUUCGCGGCUCCUCGUACGUCAAAGCGACCGACAAGGAUUCCGUCGCCGAACACGAGCUCACCACCUCGAUUGGUCUCCAAGACGAUGCUGUCUACGAUGCUUACCUUCCAGCGCCCAUCGCCUUUGUACGACGAUACAUUGUCGCUGUGCUUCGAAAAGAAGCGCCCUUGCACCAACAACAUCAACGUCUCAUGCGUAGACCUUGGCUGGACAGGUAUUUUGUCAACACUUCGCUCCUCGGAACGCAUUCCUUCUUCCUCGUCUUUCUGCCCAUGGUUUUCUGGUUGGGUAGUCCCCGGUUUGGAAGAGGUCUCAUCAAUGUUCUUGCCUUUGGCGUCUACCUCUCUUCGGCUAUCAAGGAUCUCUUUUGCGUUCCACGCCCUUACUCUCCGCCCGUCACGCGUCUCACAGUGGGCACACAUCACCUCGAGUACGGCUUUCCUUCCACCCACUCGACCAACAGCGUCAGCAUCGCCCUCUACGUCUACCUCUGGGUUCGGCGAAUGCGCCAAGCUGCCGACCCCACCCACUCGACCUUGUUCGACUCGGCUUUUUGGGAGGCAGGCUUGCUCUUCUACGCCACCUCUGUCGUCUACGGCCGCAUCUACGCCGGCAUGCAUUCCGUCAUCGACUGCAUCGCAGGUUCCGCUCUGGGCGCUGCCAUCACAGCCGUCCAGUGGAAGUUUUUUGACCACAUUGAACAGUUUGUCAAGAUCGACAGUUGGACCGUUCCUGCGGCCAUCAUCCCUGCCGGCUUGCUCAUGGUUUCCGUGCAUCCGCAGCCAGUAGACGACUGUCCAUGCUUUGAAGAUGCGAUUGCGUUUGUUUCAGUGGCUAUGGGUGUAGCUUUGGCAAGGUGGUGCAUUCGGUUCGGGGUCGUGCUUCACACCGACCCAUUCAUCCAUCCUUUUUCCCGCCUUUUCGACCCUAGUCUUGCUUCCACGCACCUCAGCUCUCCCGUCGCCAGUGCCACGCCCUUGAUACAGAUUCCCGUAGCGGGAGCCGCCGAAAUUUGGAUCAAGCGUGCGCUCGUCAUGACCAUCGGUUUGGUCAACGUACUUUUGCUUCGAGUGAUUGUCAAGACCGCAUGCAAAGUGAUUCUUCCUCCCACCUUCCGCCUCGUCGAUUCUCUGAUCGGCUUCAGCCUGCCGAGGCGACACUAUACUCCGGCAAGCGAUUACAACAAGAUUCCGCUGGCAGAUCUCAGCGCAGUUCCCUCGGUGCUCGAUCUACCUUCGCAGAUCAUCGUGACCGACGAAAGCGGCCAUCAGCAGAUGAUCCAGAGUCCCGUACUGUCGCCUACCGGUGCAAGUCGCAGGCCAGGUGUAGAUGUUCGAAGCGGUAUCAGCAAUGGUUCUGCUUUCAGCCCUAGCCCAUUGGCACGCUCGCCCCUGGCUUCUCCCGUGCCGUCUAGGACGCCGAGUCCGAACCCCAUCGAGAUGCGUCGUAGCUUGGCGAGCAAGACAAAAUCAUGCAAACCAAGGAUAGAGUUUACCAUUGGGGGCACGGUGGAUGAAGCCGAAGCAGAUCACGCUGCCGACGCUUCGGCAGACCUGCCGAUCCCGCUGACGCAAUCCAAAGCACAUCCCACGUUUAUCGCACCCGAUGAACAGUUGGCUCGCACUCUGGCCGCAGACAUGAAAGCUUGCUCACCCAAAGAAGUGGAAAAGGAGGUCAAGCACUAUGACGCCGAUGUACUCACCAAGGUGAUCGUCUACACCAACAUCGGGCUUUUCUCAGCCGGAUUCAUUCCAGCACUGUUUCAGCAUCUGGGUCUAUGCUAG